AUGUCAACUCUUGUUAGUCCCAACCUUAGUACAUCUACAUUCCUCCUCACUGGCUUUCCAGGAUUAGAGCCAUAUUAUUCUUGGAUUGCCAUCCCCUUCUCCUCCAUCUAUGCUAUUGUCCUCCUGGGAAACUGCAUGAUUCUCCAUGUGAUCCGAACUGAGCCAAGUCUGCAUGAACCCAUGUUCUACUUUCUAGCUAUGCUGGCCUUCACUGACCUGUGCAUGGGUCUGUCUACCAUUCACACAGUGUUGGGGAUCUUAUGGGGAUUCAGUCAUGACAUCAGUCUGGAUGCCUGCAUUGCCCAGACUUAUUUCAUUCAUGGUCUAUCCUGUACAGAGUCUGGAGUCCUUCUUGCCAUGUCCUUUGAUCGAUUCGUUGCAAUCUGUAAUCCUCUCAGAUAUACAAACAUCUUGACAAAUACCAGAGUCAUUCAAUCUGGGUUGAUUAUUUUGUUGAGGAGUGCUUUGUCGAUUCUCCCUGUUAUAAUUCGACUGAAGUUCUUUCAUUACUGUCGCCAUCAUGUCCUCUCUCACUCUUUCUGUCUACACCAGGACCUUCUGAGGCUGGCUUGCUCUGACAUCCACUUCAAUAGCUUCUAUGCCCUGGCUCUGGUCAUCUGUACCUUGCUAUUAGACUCUCUCCUCAUCCUCCUCUCUUAUAUCCUGAUCUUACACACAGUCUUAGCUAUCGCAUCCCACCAGGAGAGACUCAAGUCUUUUCAGACCUGCAUUUCCCAUAUUUGUGCUGUCCUGGUCUUCUACAUCCCCAUUAUUGGUCUUACAAUGGUGCAUCGGUUUGGAAAACACCUCUCACCCCUGGUCCAUGUUCUAAUGGGUAAUAUAUACAUCCUUUUCCCACCUCUCAUGAACCCAAUCAUUUACAGCAUCAAAACCAAACAGAUUCGUAUCAGGAUGCAAAGAAUUUUCUUCUUUAAAAGAGACUGA